AUGUCACCAGUUCGAUAUAAGACUGCUUUAACUACUAUUACGACUGCUGCUGCAGCUUCUGAUACUUGUUACUAUGCGAAAGCAGGAUCAAACAGUGAUGAUCAAGCCGUUGUGAAACUCAUCAGCGAUAUUCGUUAUACCCAGCUCUCUUGUGGUCUUAAGGAUCCCGUUCGUUUCAAUAUCCAAACCCCAUGUGGAAUCUUUCAUUUGAUAUGCUGUGAUUGGAUGAAUCUUGUGCGCACGGCGGAGCGUUUCGAUAUCGCAUCCAGAAAGACCUUGAUAGCGAACUUUGCCUUCUAUCACCGGCUCUACCAUAGCCUUGACAGUAUUCUCGAUGGAUCUUUUUGA